AUGGAUUUAUUCAGGACUGGGAUCGAGAAUCAAUCUGAGGGCCUCCCUGAAAUCAUUCUAAUAUUGUCUUUAAUCUGUACAGUUGGAGCAUUUUUAAAUCUACACUUGAAAGACUUUCCAAUUCCUCUCCCUGUGAUAUUAUUUUUCAUUGGAUGCAGUUUUGAAAUGUUAAGUUUUACAUCUGACCAGGUCCAAAGAUAUGCAGAUGCCAUACAAUGGAUAGAUCCAGGCUUAUUUUUUGAUAUAUUUACACCAAUAAUUAUCUUUAAUGUUGCAUUUGACAUGGAUGUUUACAUGCUCAACAAGUUAUUUUGGCAGAUACUUCUGAUUACAAUUCCUGGCUUUAUAAUGAAUUACAUCUUAAUUCUUUGGUAUCUGGCAUCCAUGAAUAAAUUACUUUUGAAAACCAGCCCAUGGUUAUUAUUUGCAGCUAUCCUUGUGAGUUCAGAUCCCAUGCUGACUGCAACGGCUAUAAGAGACCUUGGUCUCUCUAGAGGCCUCGUCAAUUUGAUUAAUGGAGAAAGUCUGAUGACCUCUAUAAUGUCUUUAAUUACAUUUACUGGUAUUGUGCAUAUUAAAUCUGGCAUGCAGCGGAAGACAAACUAUUCCUUAGCCGGUGACAUCAUGAAUGAAAUUUGGUCAUCUUUCGUGGCAAGUUUUUUGUUUGGAAUUCUAAGUGCAAAACUGAUUCAGUUGUGGAUGGCUACUGUUUUUGGUGAUGAUGUCAAUCAUAUAAGUCUCAGCUUUUCAAUUCUGUACCUCAUCUUUUUUAUUUCUGAGCUGGUUGGAAUGUCUGGAAUAUUUACCCUGGCCAUUAUGGGACUUUUUUUAAAUUCUACGAGUUUUAAACCGGGAGUUGAAGCACUUCUUCUCGAAUUCUGGAAUUGUCUGUCAUUUGCUGCCUUCCUUAUGGUGUUUACUUUCAUUGGACUUCUAAUUCCUGCACAUACAUAUUUAUAUAUAUCAUUUUCUGAUAUAUAUUAUUCAUUAAAUAUCUACCUCACCCUUAUUGUCUUAAGACUUCUGGUCUUUCUAUUCAUGAGCCCUCUUUUGUCUCGACUUGGUGAUGGGUUCAGCUGGCGCUGGGCGUUCAUAAUGGCCUGGAGUGAAAUGAAAGGGAUGCCUAAUAUAAACAUGGCCCUUCUGUUUGCCUACUCUGACCAUUUUCUUGGAUCUGAGAGAGAAAAAUCUCAAGUAUUAUUUCAUGCAGUGGCAGUAUGCUUAGUCAGCCUGAUUGUCAAUAGAUUGAUUUUGCCGAUAGCAGUCAGUAAAUUAGGUCUCCGUGACGUCACAUCAACAAAAUAUAAAUCACUUUAUUGUACAUUCCAACACUUUCAAGAGGUAACCAGAUCCGCAGCCUCUGCACUCAAAUUUGACAAAGAUCUUGCUGAUGCGGAUUGGAACAUGGUUGAGAAAGCCAUUGUACUUCAAAACCCGUAUGCGUUGAGCCAAGGAGAAACGACAGAACAUCAAAAGGUGAAAUGUCCAGACUGCAACAAGGAAAUCGAUGAGACCCUGAACAUUGAAGCAAUGGAGCUGGCCAACAGGCGUCUCUUGUCAGCACAAAUCGCAAGCUACCAGAGACAAUACAGGAAUGAGACUCUAUCCCAGAAUGCGGUCCAAGUGCUGGUAGGUGUAGCAGGAAGCUUUGGCGAGAAGAAGGGAGAACAUGUGAGUCCUGAAACAAUAAAGAAUUAUUCUGAAAGCAAAAAAAUUCUUAGCUUUAUUAGAAAAGUGUUGCUCAAUUGGGUGUAUAAUACUAAAAAGGAAAAAGGGGUCCCAUCAAGACAUUUCUUUCUUCGUAUAUGCCAUAAAAUAGUAUUUACUGAUGAAUUCGAGUACGUUGGAUACCUUGUGAUACUAAUGAAUUUGUUUCCUAUUAUAAUUUCUUGGAUACCCGGGUUAAAUACUAUCUACGAGCAGGAAUUAAGACAUUCUAACUACUCUUUUCUUGCAUUUUAUAUCUUGGAGGCCCUACUUAAGAUAGCAGCAAUGAGGAAGAAAUAUGUUUCACAUACCUGGAACCUAUUUGAAUUAGCAAUUACAUUAGUUGGCAUCAUAGACGUAAUACUUAUUGAGACAAACUCCAUUGAUUAUACUUUUGAUUUGAUUCAAACCAUGGUCUUUAUAAAAAUUGUUCGGCUUCUUCGCAUACUACGCAUUUUGAAGCUUGUAACACCAAAGUUGCUGCAAAUAAUAGAUAAAAAGAUGAGUCAUCAGCUGUCCUUUAGGUAUGCUAUACUAAAAGGAUAUGUCCAAGGUGAAGCAGACAUAAUGACUAUAAUUGAUCAGAUUGCAAGUUCUAAACAGGUUAAAAAGAUGUUAUUAAGCAGGCUAACGAGGAAUACAGGACAUGCUAUGAAAGAACUAGGCUACUUAGAGUAUGAUCACCCAGAAAUUGUUGUCACUAUGAAAACAAAGGAGGAGAUUCUUGUCAUGCUCAGUUUGGCUAGAGAAAUCGUUAGAGUUUUCAGGUUAAAAGGAAUUAUUCAUAAAAUUGAAGGCUCUGAAAUUAAUAAGUUAAUAAUGGCCAAAAAACAAGAGAUACUUGAUUUUCAGCCUAUUAUCAAGCCUCUUACUGUUGAAGAAGCACUGUACCAUAUUCCAUGGCUAGAUAAAGACGAGGACCAUAUCAACUUCAUUCAGGAAAGAGCCAAAGUUGUAACAUUUGAUUGUGGAAAUGAUAUAUUUGAAGAAGGUGAUGAGCCCAAAGGAAUUUAUAUAAUUAUUUCAGGCAUGGUAAAGCUUCAAAGAUCAAAGCCAGGUUUGGGAAUUGACCAAGUACUCUGGGAGACGGAGGAGAAAGAUUAUCCAAUAACUUACACAGACUUUUUGAUCAGCGGGGAGAUAAUAGGAGAGCUAAACUGCUUAACUAAUGAACCCAUGGAAUAUUCUGCCACCUGCAAAACUGUAGUCGAGACAUGUUUUAUUCCCAAAAGUGACUUGUAUGAAGCUUUUGAACAAUACCAUCCUCACAUUGAAUACAAAAUGUGGCUAAAACUUGGACUUUCUAUUACUGCCCAAAAAAUCAGGGGACAUUUAUCUUAUGAGGAUUGGAACUACAAGAUGCAAUUAAAGCUGUGUAACGUUUGUGUAAAAGAUAUACCACAGAACAUCAAAACUGAUAUGUAUGAUGAAACUGUAAUUUAUGUCAUCCUUAUACAUGGAGCUUUAGAAGAUUGUCAGUUACGAAAAGCUUAUAAGGCACCUUCCUUAAUUCCUCUAACAUGCCAUCAGGUACAAGGCACUGAAGAUUUCACAAAGGUAAUGAUUGUUCAAACUCCAGUCGAUUUGAAGAAAUUCAGAUGGAACACCAGAAAAUAUGUAUCUUCACGUAAGCCGUCUCUUCCAGAAGAAUCAGCUUGUAAGCGUGUCUCAACAUCAAGCAGCUCCUCACGUAGUGUUUUUUGUGCUGCCACUGCCAGAAGUCCCAGUUCUUGGUCCCCUGUUCUACAGACCAGAUUUGACUGCUUUAUAAAUCUGAUCCUCAUUAAAAGUCUCAGAAUUUGA